UUUUAUAGUAUAGUUCAGAAUUAUCCAAAUUACACUGACUUUCGUGUUGGCUUAACCAUAGUGUGUGUGUGUAUCACAUGGUUCUCUUUGACUAGACACCCAUCAGAUGGCAAUACACAUUGUAUAGAAUUAACAUCAACCCAUCCCAUACACCCACUCAGCCUUUCAGUGAGAUACUCUUCUGACCUGGUUUCUGUGUUCUUUCACAACACCAUGAUUCUCUACUGUGUUUCUGGUGUGAAGUAGAGCCCAGCUGUCAGCUAGUCAAUCUUCUUGUUACUGUCAACAACUUCUUCCUCUACCUUCUCUAGAAGGCCUGUGUCAGGUUGUCGCAUUGAAGUCAAGGCGGAGAGCUGCAUGGCAACGGAAAAGGGAUGCUUGGAGAUAGAGGAAGAUGCCAGAUGAGGGAGGGUACUCCAGGUCCCACGUGCCCUCUCCACCGCAGAGCCGUUCAUUUUUCCCACUGACCCGCGUUUCCGCAUACCGCAUACUCACGCACACUUAUAGGCUACACACAACCUACAAACAACAUGUCCAUCAUACGUGCAUGUCGCCUGCCAAGUAACUGAUUUUCACAUUUGUUUAACCAACAAAUGCUUUAUUGAUCGAUUCUUCACUACCAUGUAUUUUUCUUUUAACUGCAGCGCCACCCCUUCUCAGAUUUAACCGUAAUGCGCCUGCCCGCAUAGGUUUUAAGCGGUAAAACAGGAGAGGAGGGUCGCCAAAACAGAUAUUCCUCACCAGCAUUUUGAUAGGCUACUCAUUUUUCGCCUUUCCUUGUGCAGCGGUCGUUUGUCGUUUUUCAUCGUGAAUUCGCCUCUUCACAGCGCUAUUGCUCAAUGUGGGAGCACGGGACUAUGUGAACAGGAUGCUCGCAGUGCGGUGCCUUGUGUUUGCUGCAGUGAGCGCGAGGUUUUCCGUGACAGACGGUAGUGACCAGUCUUUGGCGCGGGAUGCAAAUGUAUGGGACUGGGUUUUCCCGGAGAAAGAGCGGGGGGAGAGUAGCGCGGUGGCUGAGGAAUUCGUCCACCCUCACCGGCUCUUGCUGCAGCGCGACUCAGAGGGGGAGGCAGCCCACCCCCACCUCGAUACCCGUUUGAGGGACACCCCAGACAGCGCAACGCCUGUUCAUCUGGCCCAAGGUAGUUUCCUGGUGGAGGCCUUUGGAAGCAACUUCAUCCUUGACCUGGAGCUAAACCAUGACCUGCUGUCAUCAGGCUAUGUGGAGCGACACUUUGAUGAGCAGGGAAAGCCUUCACAAUCUGUGGGAGGAGAGCACUGUUACUACCAUGGCAAGCUGAGAGGAGUUCCGGGCUCCUGGGCAGCUUUGUCAACAUGCCAUGGUCUAUACGGACUGUUUUCAGAUGGCCUCUACUCCUAUGGCAUCCGGCCAGUGGUCAACGGGAGCCACCAGGUUGAUGGAACCCACCGAAUUAGCAAGAUGCCCGAUGUCAGACUGCCACCUUCCUGCCCAGGUUGUACUCAGGAUGGCCAAGACAGCAAAAUGUAUGGAGGAGAAGAAGAAGAAGAAGAAGAAGAUGGUUACUAUGGUGACAGUCUCGACACUCAAAAAAGGCCAGAACACCCUGACGGACUGAGACGCUCCAAGAGAAGGGCAUGGAGGCCCAGGGUCCAGACUGAGACCAAGUACAUCGAGCUCAUGGUUAUCAAUGACUAUGAGAUGUUUGUGCUGAUGAAACGCUCCACAGCUCAGACGAGGAACUUUGCUAAAGCAGUGGUGAACAUGGCCGACGCGAUUUACAAGGAGCAGCUGAACACCCGCAUCGUGCUGGUUGCCAUGGAGACGUGGUCGUCGGGGAACCCGGUUCCCGUGCAGGUGGACCCGCUGGUGACGUUGGAAAACUUCAUGAAGUACCGUAAGGAGAGCGUGAGGGAGGAGGCCGACGUGGUGCACCUCUUCUCGGGUACCACGUUCCAGAGCAGCCGAAGUGGAACAGCUUUUUCAGGGGGUGUGUGUUCUCUCACCAGAGGAGGGGCCAUCAACGAGUAUGGGAAUGUGUCCCCCAUGGCCAUCACUCUUUGCCAGAGUCUGGGCCAGAACCUUGGCAUGAGGUGGAACAACAUCCGCAACUCUGCAGGUGACUGCAAGUGUCCCGACGCCUGGCUGGGCUGCAUUAUGGAGGAUACUGGAUAUUACCUCCCACGGAAGUUCUCUCGCUGCAGCUUGGAUGAGUACAUGCAGUUUCUGAUCCAGGGGGGAGGGAGCUGCCUCUUCAACAAGCCCAGCAAGCUCCUGGACCCUCCCGAGUGUGGCAAUGGGUUUGUGGAGCCAGGAGAAGAAUGUGACUGCGGCUCCCAAGUGGAGUGUGCCCGCAGUGGAGGGGCCUGCUGUAAGAAGUGCACCCUGACCCAUGAUGCCAUGUGUAGUAAUGGCCUGUGCUGCAGAGAGUGCAGGUAUGAGCUGAGGGGUGCAGUGUGCAGGGAGGCGGUGAAUGAUUGCGACAUCCCGGAGACGUGCGCAGGGGACUCCAGUCAGUGUCCACACAACGUGCACAAGUUGGAUGGAUACAUGUGUGAAAGCAACCAGGGACGGUGCUAUAAUGGCCGCUGUCGGACAUUAGAUGGACAGUGCAGAGGCCUGUGGGGUUUCAACGCUGCAGACCGGUUCUGCUAUGAGAAGCUGAAUGCGGAGGGUACAGAGAAGGGCAACUGUGGGCGCAGCCCUGGAGGACAGGGAUGGACGCAGUGCAACAAACCGGAUGUGUUGUGUGGCUUCCUGUUCUGCUCCAAUAUGACAGAGAAGCCCAAGUUUGGAGACCUGCAGGGCGAGGUCACCAGCCUGACCAUCUACCACCAGAGCAAGUACCUUGACUGCCGUGGAGGGCAUGCGGUACUGGAGGACGGUUCAGACCUGGGCUAUGUGGAGGAUGGGACGCCCUGCGGGCCCAACAUGAUGUGCCUGGAGCGACGCUGCCUCCCACUGACCGCAUUCAACCUCAGCACCUGCUCUGGAUCCAACUACGGACGCAUCUGCUCCGACCAUGGGACCUGUAGUAAUGAAGUGAAGUGCAUCUGUGAUAGAGACUACACAGGGAAGGACUGCAGUGUCUUUGACCCCAUCCCAGACCCUACCAAUCCACCCGGUCCAGAUAAGAAAGGUCCCAGUGGUACCAAUAUAAUCAUAGGCUCCAUCGCAGGGGCUAUUCUCCUGGCAGCUAUAGUCCUGGGAGGGACAGGCUGGGGAUUUAAGAAUAUCCGAAGAGGAAGAUCUGGUGGAGCCUAAGACCCCUCUCUGUCCUCUCUGUUCACCAUCCACUGGCCGCCUGUCUGUCUGUCUGUUUGCUGUGUCUUCCUCAUAACCACGUCCUUUCCACCUCGAAGAAGAACAAGUUUUCCAUCCCUGGCCUUCCCCUACAUUAGACUCUUCUGCUUCCCCUCUUUCGUCCUCUGAUUGGUCCUGGUUUCCUGUCCGUCUGUCUCUAUUGGCUUCUCUUAUGGGGAAGUGGAGCAGUUCCUCCCAUAAUCUUCCAACCAAUCACGUCUCUUCAGGUGGCCGUCCGUCACUAGAUUGACAACAUGAUAGUCAUUCCCAGAAAGAGAAGAGGUGGUCCUUUAAGACAGCUAUUUGCAGACAGCUGUGAGUGUGUAUGCGUGUGUGUGUAUGCGUGUGUGUGUAUGCGUGUGUGUGUGUGUGUGUAUUCCUCACUGUGUGUAUUUCUGUAUCUUCCAAGCCUGAAUUUCCAGUAAGGAAAGCAUUAAUGAUGAACCAUAUGGAUAUCACCUUCGGAAAAGUCUUUCCAAAUGACAUUCGGCCUUUGGUCUCUGGCUCCUAUGAUGAGAACUGGCUUGACGCUGACCAGAGGAGCCACCAUGGGACCAGGUCUUGACACUGAUCAUGAAGACAUGCAUGAUUGAAUGCACUUUUUGUGUGUUUUCAGUUGGAACAGUAGAGGUCCUCUCCAUGUUUGGGAGAGCCAUUUUGUGUCUGACAUGAGGAUGUAAUGCAUGCAUUUUGGCAACCAAUUAGAAGAAAAGAGAAUCACCAUAACAACAUGGUUGUUUUGGUCGAAGAAAAACAAAAACCUCUCUUCCCAAAGAAACAAACUUAACCAUUAGCAGGAUUGUGUGCAAAAGGAAGUUUUUUGGAGACACUCCAAAAUAUAUUACAUAUCUGCCUGGUGUAGUUCAAAAUCUGUGUGUGUGUGUUGGUGGGUGUAUUUGUAUGAGUGUGUGUGUGUGUGUGAGCGAGAUCAUGUGCAAUCAGGUUAGCAAGAUGAAGGACACUGUCCUGAAUUAUUUUGGUUUUAGGAUAAUUUUGUCACUCCUGCCAGUUUUGGUGACAACCUUAUUGAAGGGCAGGGACCACGUCAGUAUGCUGAGAACCGUAGAGAAGAUACAUUCCACAUUUACUAUAGACUCUUCGGUAGUGAGAAAACAUACGCCUUCCACUGUAUGUUCCAAAAAAUCAAACAUUUUAAAGGGGCCUCAAUGCCUUAGAUAAAAUGUCACAAGUGUUUAUGUGUGUGUGGGAGAGCAAAUGUGUGUGUGGGGGUAUGUGUGCAUGUUUGUGUGGAAAGGUUGACACACCGGUUGAUUAUGUAUAGAUGUUCAUUUAAUUAAUAUGUUGUGCUGUAGAUCUGUAAGUUUUAGACUUUUAGCAAGAGGGCGUUGUAGCUCAAACUGGACAUCCUUGAGGCCACUGUGCUACGACUGGCUAGUUCCACUAGGGGGAGCUACUGAGUUUGUGAGUGGUAAUGGGUCAAUGCCUCCGCCAUGGCAUUGGUGAAAGGUGUCACCUGCACCAAGUGACCUGGUGUCAACUGCACCAUGCCUUGGAAACUGUUCCAUGAACAGUCAAUGCUUUCAAUAUGGCCGCCGCAACCAAUCAGUGCUGUCAGCAGAGUCCUACAGUUCAGCAGUUCAUGAUGUGGAAGAUGCUGGCGCCAUUGACCAGUCACAGAGGUCAUUCUGGGGGCAGUGACCAGUCAUGGAGCAGACUCUGGCUUAAAAAAUUAGCAGUUUUGAGCUACAACUACUUCUGCUUUUAGCAGCACACAAAGAAGAGAAAACAAAUUUCCUGUGAUGCAAACAACAUUCAUCGAGCACUACGUGUGUUCACUCAUAUGCACUUGUAGAGAACUACAUUUACAAGAUAUAUGUGAGAUACAUGUGAAUAUCUGUUGAUAAUCUAUGGAUUUUAAAAUGUUAUAUUGGUGCAAUUUAUUUCAUAAGAUGUAUUAAUCAUUUGCCUCAUGAAUCAUAUCUAUCCAUCUACCUAUCUAUAUCUAUCUAUUUAUCUAUCUAUCUAUCUAUCUAUCUAUCUAUCUAUCUCUAUCUAUCCCCUUCAUCCUCAUUCUAUUCAUCCUUAUACUAUCCCUUCCUGCUUUCCCUAAACAUCAAUCUAACCAUCUUCUCUUCAUAUUAUAUUACCACCAAUAUCAGCUCAUUCAUCCUCCCUACUCUCUCCUCAUUGGUCCAUUGCUCUCCUGUAUAUGUGUUGAUAAACCUGUAGCCAUGAGUUUCCCAUUAAGCCCCUGGCUAUAGACUUCGUUUUAGACUUUCACUGUAAAUGAGAUUAGAUGGUCCAAUGUGGCUUUAAAAAAACAAACAAAAAAAACAGGAAAAGUGUGGAUUCCCACGACGUCCAGUACUUUAGCACUUAAUGGUGUUUUUUUUUAAUGAGAAAAAAUGGAACCUACUGUCCCCUGCAUGGUGCAGACACCUAACACACUGCCUACACAGCACAACAAACAGCUGCGUCCAAUUUUCUAACACUGUAGUCGUGGAGCAGAUUGGGGUGAGGGGGAGGGGCCUGUGGUGCAGCACUGUUAAGUGAUGUGUGCAGGUCUGGUUUUGCCGCGUCUGAGGUGUUACACUCUCAGCAGCCUACAUGUGUCCAGCUGAAUGAGCUGACUCCUGUGUGUGUGUGUGUGUGUGUGUGUGAGAGAUUGUGUGUGGGAGUUGGCUGUUUGGGCUGUCAGCAGGAGUGUGGCUGAAUAAUGAGAGAUGGGAGGGAGGGAGAGUGGUGAAGUGGUGAUUUGAUUCUGGAGAAGUUUUUUUUGCACUAAGGCCGAUGCACUACUGUCAAUUGAGCGUGUUCUUACCCUGGGGGUUCCACUGAGAGGGUGGGGUUGGUUGAUUUUGUUUUUAGUGAUUUUAACUUCUGGGUUUAAGAAAAAAAAAAAAACAAAGAUUUGAAGACAAAACCCCCCACUAAGGCAUCUGUCUAGCUGGGGGAUUUUUAAAAUGACCUUUUUAAACUUUGCAGCCAUGACAGGUGAAUGAAUGGACUUGAUUAUAUAUGUAAAAUGGAAACCAAUGAAAGAAAAAAUAAAGAUUUAGACAUGAAAUACA